GCUAUAUAAAUACCUAGAUACAUCAGCAACAGGAGAACAAUCAGAAGUUAAUUAAGCACAUAUAUAGUACCAAAAGGAGAGUCAUGGAGCCUAACAUGGGGCAAGCCCUGGCUGCCGUCCUCAUACUGCUGGUGACCACGAGAGUGCUAUGGUAUCUGCUUUGGAGGCCGUAUGUUGUGGCCAGGUGGUUCGGGCGGCAGGGCAUCCGAGGUCCACCUUACAGGUUUCUGGUUGGGUCUCUGCCGGAGUGCCAAACGAUGCUGGUUGCCGGGAGAGCCAAGGCUCUGGACACCAGCUCUCAUGACUGCAUCGCCACCGUGCAACCCUUCUUCCGGAAAUGGGCCUCCCAGUAUGGUAAAACAUUCCUGUACUGGUUGGGGCCGACACCAGCCCUUUGUUGUACUGACAUGGAGCUUGUGAAGCAAAUGUUCACCGACAGGACAGACGUGUUCCAAAAAGAAUACUUGAAUCCGAGCCUGGACUCAAUUCUAGGGAACGGGGUCAUAUUUGCAAACGGAGAUGACUGGAAGCGACGCCGCAAAUUCGUCCACCCGGCUUUCAACCAGGAGACGAUCAAGUCCAUGUCAACAAUAGCGUGGGAGUGCACACAGCAGGCGAUGGAACGGUGGUGUGCCCAACUGCAAGGGCGGCAGCAAGCCGAGAUAGACAUGAGGCACGACUCCGACGAGAUAGCCAUGGGUGUCAUUGCACGAGUGAUGUUGGGCAAGGACCACGAGGAGGCCCGGGAGGUGUUCGUCGCCGGAAGGGAGCAGAUGGAGAUUGCCGCAUAUGCGUUCGCAGAUCUCCCGUUACCUGGAUUCAGGUACCUGCCGACACGUCGCAACCGUCGGACGUGGCAGCUCGAUAAGCUCGUGACAAGCAAGAUCUCGCACAUCCUAAAGGCACGACUUGCCAGCAGCGUCUACGAAGAUGACCUGCUCGGGCAGAUGCUGCAGCUGCAGGCAUGUAGAAGCAGCGGCGAGACUCUGAGCACCCGGGAGAUGAUCGGCGAGUGCAGGACUCUAUUCGCGGCGGGGUACGAAACCAGCGCCAGCGUCAUAACUUGGGCGAUGUUCCUGCUCGCCAGCUACCCACGCUGGCAGGACAUGGUCAGGGAGGAGGUCGCACGGGAAUAUCCUGCUCACCAGCUUCCCCCGGUUGACACCCUUGGCAAACUCAAGCUGCUUAACAUGGUACUCCUGGAGACGCUGAGGCUCUAUGGCCCCCUAACUUUCCUGCAGAGGAAGACCAUCUCGGACACCAUCCUCGCCAACACGAAGGUGCCGAAAGGAACGAUGAUAUCAAUCCCGCUGCUGAUGUUGCACCGGGACAAAGAGGUCUGGGGACCCGACGCUGACGAGUUUAACCCAAUGAGGUUCCAGAGUGGCGUCUCGAGGGACACCAAGCUUUCACGCGCGCUGCUGGCCUUCUCAUAUGGGCCGAGGGUCUGUGCCGGGCAGAACUUCGCCAUGGUCGAGGUGCAGAUCGUGAUAGCCACCAUCCUCAGGAGUUUCUCCUUCUCCCUGUCCCCCAGUUACGUGCACAAGCCCAGCAAUUUCGUCACCCUAUUGCCCAGGUACGGGCUCCCUCUCAUCGUCAGGAACCUGCAGCAGCUGACUGGGUGAUCUUCUGGAGCUCCCUCGAUCUUCUUUGAUGUGUCGUCAUGUACUACGCCUACGCCAUAAUAUUUACAGUAGUCAUAAUCAGCAAAUGUUCGCUGGGAGGGAUGACAAUUGUGAACGUUUUGAUGACAACUUUAGUUGUCAUGAGGACCACAAAGAUGGCAAUUCUAGUUUGCAAGCACGACAUUUUUCUGGUGAAAAACAGAACUGCACCGGAGGUUCCAUGCUCUGACCAACACAAACUGCCAUCAAAAUUGUUCGCAAAUUUCAUCUUUCCCAGCGAAUGUUCGCUGGCUAUUGGGGUCCAAUAUUAUGUAUUACCUCUGUACCGAAAUACUUGUAGCGGGGGAAGCUAGUACAAGUUCCCCAACUACAAGUAUUUCGGUGCGGAGGGAGUAGUUAAUAAGCUCAGCCACUUUGGCAUACAUUUGAAAUGUAUGAUUAUGUUGUUAUAUAUAUAUUGUUGUUCUUCCGAGCUA